AUGUCUUACGCAUAUCUUUUUAAGUACAUUAUUAUAGGAGAUACAGGUUAGUAAGAUGUCAACAUAGGUCGGCGUUGCUUUUUUGGAACGUUAUUUCUCAGUAAAAGCCAAGAAAAUAGGAUCCAUUUUAUAGAUCAAAAUGGACGCCAUUGAUCGCAAUGUGGCCUUCAAGAUCAUUAAUUUUGUUCCCUGUUUUGACCCCUUUGUUUUUUUUUCACGUUGAUCUAGGCGUUGGAAAAUCAUGCCUUUUACUGCAGUUUACAGAUAAACGUUUCCAACCUGUACAUGACCUCACAAUAGGUAAGUUUGCUUUGAAAAGAAGUUCACUUCUAAUAUAGUUUGUGCCGGGCGUCAGUAGUGUAGAGGUUUAUUGAUUAAGGGGAAGGUAAACCUUUACUUUUCUUUGUGUUUGUAUUAAACUGCGUAGGAAUAAAUUUAUAUUUUUACUUCAUUAAGGUGUUGAAUUUGGAGCUAGAAUGAUCACGAUUGAUGGAAAGCAGAUCAAGCUGCAAAUCUGGGAUACGGUGAGCUGAAAUUCCUUCAAGUUGUAGAUUCUACUAAGUGACAUCCUUGAACGAAAGCUAAUCUUAAAUUUUUAAAAAAUACUAAAAUUAUCAACACGCAAAAAUGGAAUGUGAAUUUCAGUUAAGUUAAAUUCGCUAUAUCUGUGUUCAAUAAAAUGGCUAUUGAUUGUUGAAAGCCACACUAAAUGGAAAAUAAUCAAAAUUGAACAAAAUGGAGUGAACUGAUGUAAGAUACAGGUGCCCAGUCAAAACAGUUUCAGCUGUAUUUUGUUUGAAUAGUGGUCGUAAUUAUCAAACAUAUUUAAAUCUCCUCUUGUUAGUUUGCCUCUGAGAAAACAUGUCAAUAAAAUUAUUGAUGUAUAUCAGAAGUGAUUAAUAGAGAAUAUCCGAAAUCUUUAUGACAUCUUAUGCAAGCCAAUAUAUUGAUUAAAUAGAUUAAGUACUAUCUUUUAAAAAUUUUGAAAGUUUGCUUAUAGAAAGAUUUCUUUUUGGUAAAUGUUGGUUUUGUCACAAAUUUAAUAACUGUGGUUCUCGUUGAUUUAGAUACGCUGAAUUACUGUAAUUUAUAUCAAUUUUGCAGCUCAAUUAACCCUUGUGUCAAUUUAUAUUUCCUUUUAUUUUAUUUAAUUAUCACAAAAAUAGAAAGGAAGAAAACUGAAAAAUAGAUUUUAAUUGAACCUCUGUACCUACUGAAAUUAUUUUGUUUGUAUAGCUAACAUACGGAGACAAACAUUUCGCAUCUGGUAACUGGAAAUUAAUUUUAAUUUGAUUUUUAGCACUUUUUUGUUUUACGUAGUCGGGAUGUUCUAAAAGUCAGGGAUUCCUUUAUGUGAAAAAUCAAAUGGUCUUUUUCAGUGGUCAAAUUAUAGAUAACAGUGAUGCCCUUGAGCAAAUUAAUAAAAAGUAAAGGAUUGAUAAAUAUUUUAGUACUGGAUUUUAUUACCACCAUCUUAUGAAUUACUCCUGCUGCAAAGCAGUUUAUACUGCUGAAAAUAUAGAUUUUAUCAUUUUUCAUAACAUCAGUGGGUAUUUGUGUGACUACAACCCUGCAAGUUAAAGUUUUUACUCAGUCGCCAUUUGGCAACCAACUCUUUUGGGUUAGGGAGACUUUUUAACAAAUCAAGUCGCCAGCUCCAAAAUUUUAGGUGCCAUGGUGACCAAAAUGGUUGAAACUUAGAGGGUUGGACUAGCAUUAAUCCUAAAGUGCACUGUUGAACAUGGGUUAUAGUAUAAUAUAAUGAUAAUAGUGACCUCUCUUUAGCAAAAACUUCAGAGAAGGGCUGACCUUCCUGAGACACACAUCAGUAGUUGGUUGCUGACCCCAACCAAACUUAAGUCUUUCUGUGUUGUGGUUCUAUUUUGUUCCUUGAUUCAAAUCUUGUUAUUUUCCUUUCUCUUUUGUGUAUGACAGGGGAUCUAAAUAAGGGUAAUAAUUGUGGUAUGAUUAAAUUAAAAUAUCUGUGUCUUAUCUGACUGCAAGACAGUGACCAUUGCCAGGUAGAGAAUUGGAGCUUGCCUUAAGUUUAAGGCAUUCAACCUUGAUAGAGCAGUUCAGUAAAAUAAUACUAUUUCUUUGUUUUUAUUAUGAAUGAUUGUUGUAUUUUUAGGCUGGCCAGGAGUCUUUUCGUUCUAUCACGCGAUCUUACUACCGUGGUGCAGCAGGGGCUUUGUUAGUUUAUGACAUCACACGGUGAGUAGCAUACACUGUAACUACCAGUAGUCAUGUUAAAAAUUAUUAUUAAUCCGCUUACAAAUUCAAUGAACAUACUUAUCCUCACUUUACUAUCCAGUUUUUGGAUAAAAAAAUUCUCAGACACACUUUUGUUGAACCAAUAAUUAAUAUGUAGACACUAAAUUUUUAAUAAAACUGAAGGAUCUGAUUCUUCAGUAUUUUGUUCAUUUGUAUUUCAUGUAAAAAGCAAAUUUCACCAGAACAUUGUAUCGCUAUUCCUAAAACUUCUAGUGGCCCCCCUGAAUGUUUCCGUAAGUGCAAUGGAUAAUUCUAGUAAGGCUUAAGGCUGUUGGUUGAAACUUAUUAGACAAGGACAUUUCUUGCAUGAAUGAUGAUAGCCAGUUUUCAUGUCCCUGGUUUUAUUUUUAUGGGUGCUUCUCUUUCUCCUUGCAGAAGAGACACAUUCAACCAUCUGACAACUUGGCUUGAGGAUGCUAGGCAACAUUCUAGUUCAAAUAUGGUCAUCAUGUUGAUUGGAAACAAGAGGUGAGAACAAUAUUUAUUUACUGUACCCCUUCAUUUCUGUAAAAAAAGGUCUUACCUAGUAGCUUUCAAGUUUGUUAUGUACAUGUUAUAGGUCAAGAUGAAAUUCCAAUUAAAACCCUUGCUGGUUCUCAAUUUCUGUUCUCUCCUACCCUAAUAAUAUUAUUCAUGAUCAUGAAUAAAGGAAAGGAAACUGAAAAUCAAACAGUAGGUUGAAACCAUUUAAACUGAAUUUUAUUUGACCCACAACAUGUAUUUUUAUAUUAUGGUUAUUAUCUGAUUAAUUCCUUUUUUGUUUGGGCACACAGUGAUCUAGAGGCCCGCCGAGACGUUAGGAAAGAAGAGGUAAGGAUUCUCUAUAUAAACUGAACUAUCUAGCAGUGUGAUUGUGCCUAAAUUUACUAUUAUUUAGGCUCAUUAGCUGUUGUUUGACAGCAUUCAUGUGCUUUAGCAUGUCCAGGCUUUGGCCAUCACCUGCCAAAAAGAACUUAAAAAUUUAUCUUAUUCUUGUGGUAAGUUUUACUCAAAUAAUAUUAUUGUUCUUUAUUUGUACAGGGAGAAGCUUUUGCUAGGGAACAUGGCCUUAUUUUUAUGGAAACUUCUGCAAAGACUGCUGCGAAUGUCGAAGAGGUAAGAAUGUUUCAGUUCAUAACUUGACUAUUUGACAAGGUAGUUUAAUACUGCCUUUCAAUAACAAGUAAAUCCAAGAAUAAAAUUCAACAUUAUUACAGUCAAAGUUAAUACUCAGUACGUGUGGCAAGUAUUAUUUAGAAGGAACUUUCAGUAGUGGUUUUUUAAGUAAGUUAGAUUAUUGCUUUUGAUCAUUAUCUCAACUGUUGCUUUUGACAUGUAGGCUUUCAUCAACACAGCUAAGGAAAUUUACCAGAAAAUUCAGGAAGGUGUAUUUGAUAUCAACAAUGAGGUGCGUAUGGUUCUAUUUUUAUUUCUAUUUAUUUUUGAUGAAAGAGAAAAAAAAUUCUUAGAAAUCUCUUAAAACUAGUGCAUCAUUUCCAAACAAAACUAGUAUAUUAUAUAGAGUGUUUUUACAGGACAUUAUGGCAGCCAUAUUGGUGUUCCAAAACAAUGAAAUGGUGGCCAUGUUGGUGUACUAAGAUGAUCCUGUGAGCGUCGGAUUCUUUUCUUAUGCAAAUGCUUUUUUUUGUUCCAAUAAACUUACAUAGAUGUUGGUCACGUGAUUUAAAUCGCCCUAUAACUGAGCAUAAUUAUUAGAGACUGCAAGAAUGAAUGAUGUUUGUACAGUAAAAACUUAAGGCCACUGGAGUGAAUCAAUGAAUUAUCAAUAAUUCCAAAUGGCUUGUCAUUAAAGCAGGGGUGGAUUGUUUUUGUGGUAAAAUGCAUGUAUUUUAACGAUGGAACUACUAUGUUUUUCAUUGACCCCUCACCUCAGCCAACAAACAGUGUUUUCAGAACUGAACUUCUACUUUGCCCAGUUGGCUGGCAAGAGAUUGCCGGGUAGUGCUUAGUACAGUGUGCAUUCUGUUGCCAUUAGGGAGCUACGGAGGUGGCCACAGCUACAAAAAUGUCACUUAAAAAAUGAAUUUGUGCUGCUUCAAACCUAAAGGAGAAAGAAAGUUGUUGCCUUGUGUUCAUGUCCUCCACAAAAUGUAAAAUUAGGCAUUUUCACGUCCCGGUAGUAGUCAAGAAGUGAUGGCAAGAGAGAUGUACAAAAAAGCAUGAUAAACGUGCGGGGUUGUUACUUUGCCAAUCUUUUUCCCUAUUGUUUUUUUGUCGUUCUCGUUGACCUUGCCGUUCUCGUUGCUGAAGUUUCCUAAUACUCGUGAUGUGCAAAUGCUUAAAUGGAGACUACAGAGGGUGGGACAAAGUUUCUUGCCUAAGGAAUCACUCAUCUGGGUGUUAGUAAACACUGGGGAUAAAUGGACAUCAGUGUGCCUUCUAAAAUUGCAUUCAGGGUUUUUAACUUAAAGAACUAAGGGAAAUAAUUGUAACUCUGCUUUUGAUUUCCAUAUUUUAGGCUAAUGGAAUCAAGAUUGGUCCACAACACUCACCAUCGAACCCGUCAGUUCCCCUGGGAGGUAGCCGAUCACAAGACAGUGGAGGCUGCUGUUAGGCAGUUGGGUCUCCUUGUGAAAUAAUUUCCCAAUUUAUUUUCAUCUUGCAUCUUCAAGAAAAACCUUUCAAUCUCUUAAAGUUCUUUUGGAGGAGCUUUGUUAUUAUAAUCAAUGCAAACUGAGAUAAAAGUGUCUGAGGAAUUACUUUGGUAUGGUCAACUAGUAGAUUUUCAGAAGCCAGUUAAGAGUAGCUCCAGGAUUCAAGCCAGCAGAGCCGCUGUUAUUAUUAAGUGUCAUUAUGGAUUUAUUUUUUGCAUUGACAAAGCAACUUACAUGUUCUUCUAGUAAACUGCAACACCCACAUUGUUAAUUUUAUGGCUGCCUUUUGAAUAAUCAUUAUCAUUAAGUAUACCAAAAGUCAACAUCAAGCAUGAUCUAGUGCAUUUUGUUUUGUGCAUUGUUAUGUUUUUUUCUGUUUCAUUUGGUUGAAUUCAAAAACUGCACAAAAGCCCUGCACUGCACAUGAACUGGACUUGCAGCUUUAAAGCAAUUUUUCCUAAUAUUGCCAAAGUAUUUAUGGGUGUCUUUGUUUACUGAGAGAUCAGUAGCUUGAUCAAUGUGUCUUCAAAAUUCCUUCAAGUGAGGAAAUGUUGAGAGAGUGAAAGAUUUGUACUGAAAAAAAAAAACCUGCACUGAUCCUAGUUUUGCGAAGUCUGAGUAAGUGUGAAUCCGAGUUUUACUGUCAACAUCAGACAACUUAAGUAAGAGUCCAGUGAGUUCAUAACACCUUCAUAGGAUACUCUGUUAGUAUUAACAAGUCUUGUUGUCAUUUAUACGAAGACGUUUUUAAUAUAUACACUUCACUAACACUUAUGGUAUGUUUGAAGAGAUUCAGACUGUUCUUAAGAAGUAAAAAUUUAGUUGGAACAAGUUCAUCCCAUCAGCUUUUCCUAAUACAGACUGUGAAAUAUUAAUGCAUUGUAUUAUAUGACUAAGAAAUUGAUAAAGUAUUGCAGUCAAAGAGUACAAAGCCUGAAAAAUGUUAAAUGCUGAGGUGUUCCCAAGUCAGCCUGUGAAUAUAGUUCACCAUUAUCAGCAGUUUGCACACAGCUUUGAAUGCACUUAUGAGAGCUGUAUUUACAGGUGACAUUUAAGGGAACAAAAUGAUAUAUUUUAAUUAAGAAUUGCAAUAAUUCCUUCUUUUGUCAAAUUUAUUGUGAGGUAUUUUUGUUUGCCAGUUUCAAGUUUUCAUUAUCUUUAAAAAAUGUGUGGAAGUAUCUGUGGAAAAUAAUUUUUCUCUAAACGAAUGCAAUAAAGAAUGACUAUAGCCUCUCAGG